AUGCUAAGAUACCAAAAAACUGCUUCAACUCUCUCGGACCUCUUCAUAGUUAAGGACACUCAAGAUCAGAAAAAGGUUGUAGAAGCUGACAGGAAUGUUUUACGUCGUCUAAUUGUAGCUUUCGAAGCAGGCAGACAAAUUGACUUGCCCUCCAUUUUGAAGCACGAGCUUCUUCCAGUACCUUUAUCGAUAGCGGAAAUGGAUGGCACCCUCAGAUCGUCUGAAAAAGCAUCGAUGAUAAAACUCGUUGCUGAAGGCGUGGAAUGCCCAAACUCCAUUAACAUUGAUAGAAACCCUUCGCAACUGAUUAUAGACGGUCAAGCUUUGGUAAACAGCAUAGGGAAACCAGCAACUGCCACUACUUUCGGAGACCUCGCUGCAAUAUUCAUUGACAGGGUGGUUCACCUUGGAAGACCGUAUGCCAGAGUCGACAUCCUUUUUGACCGGUAUCGUCCCAAGUCAAUCAAAAGUGGGACCCGCUGCAGAUGGCCCAGGGGAGCUGCUCCAGUCAGAAGGGACAUCACAAGUGCAACCAUUCCACUGCCAAAAAAUUGGAAGAAUUUUCUAGCACUGGAAGUUCUCCAACAUGUCUUUAAUGACAUCGAAGUUGUGAUGCCAUUACCAGGUAAAGAAAUGAUGGGAUGCAUACUGUGA